AUGGUAUUGAACAACACUGAGUCGAGAGGAGAGGAACUACUGUGUCACCAGACGAGAGCUCCUGGCUUUGCUGCGGGUGGUGCAACACUUCCGUCCAUACCUGCAAGGCAGCCAGUUCCUCCUGUGGUCCGACCAUGCAUCACUGACCUGGCUCUUUCCAGACCUACAACUUUGAGAGCCAGCAUCGGCCGGGGAAGCAGCACAGCAAUGCCGAUGCCCUCUCCCGAUGCCCGUGUGCUACUGCAGAGUGUCGAUACUAUCAGCGACAGGAAAGGUUUCUUCUGCUUGUUUGAGGAGGUUCGCCCCACGACCCUAAAAACCCAGCCUGCCAAAAUAUUUUCCACCCUGCCUGCCAAGUCCAUCUCCAGAAUCUCAGUAUGCAAACCAUUGUACGGGCGCCCUCUUAUCGACUGGAUCAGGGCUCAUUUUUCAUACAUGUCGAGCCUGCUAAUGGGUGCUCUUCAAAGGUGUGGAUCACCUAUAAAACAUCUUUCUUGGAGUUCUUUCUUUUUAGAAACAUUGCUGACCUUGUCCUUGAUCACAGUUCAGGCUUGCCCAAAAAUCUGCCACUGCACGGAGAGAAACGGCAUAAUGGUGCAGUGCACCUCACGCAACCUGGACAACAUUCCGGACAACUUGCCGAAGGACACCGUGGUUCUUUUGCUCUCAUCAAAUCAAAUCAGAGUCAUCCCUAAGGAGGCCUUUAUGGACCUCCAUAGACUCAGGGAGCUGGAUUUAUCCCAAAACUCCCUCGAGAGUGUGGAGGUUGGUGCCUUUGAGGGGGUUUCGGACAGCCUGAGGACCAUGGAUCUUUCCAACAACCAACUCGGCAGCCUCCCGAAGGACACCUUUACCAAGCUGCACGCCCGAGUCCGGCUCUCCAACAACCCCUGGCACUGCGAUUGUUUGCUCCAAGAGGUUUUGCGGGAACUAAGGCUUGACCCUGAGACGGUCAACGAGGUCAGCUGCCAUACAUCGGUACAGGAAGAGUACGUGGGACAAUCCGUGAUCCAUGUUCUGGACUCUGGAAUCAACUUCUGCAACUUUCACCACAAAACAACCGAUAUGGCCAUGUUUGUGGCCAUGUUCUGCUGGUUCUUCAUGGUGACAGCCUACAUCGUUUAUUACAUCAAACACAACCAAGAGGAUGCCAGGAGGCACAUGGAGUACCUUAAGUCUCUGCCCAGUACGUCCCACAUCAGCAAGGACUACGACACUGCAAGCAGCGCGUUUUAG